GCCCUCGAAGCAUUUGGAUUAGACCCAGCCGAAUGGGGUGUUAAUGUCCAACCGCUCAGUGGUGCCCCUGCUAACUUGUACGCUUACUCGGCCAUUUUGGAAGUCGGUGACCGUAUCAUGGGGUUGGAUUUACCUCAUGGUGGUCACUUAUCCCACGGCUAUCAAACUGCCACCACCAAGAUUUCAUACAUUUCUAAAUACUUCCAAACCAUGCCUUAUAGAUUGAACGAAGAAACCGGAUUGAUUGACUACGACAUGUUGGAAAAGACUGCUACUUUGUUCAGACCAAAGGUGAUCGUGGCCGGUGCCAGUGCAUACUCUCGUGUCAUUGAUUACGCCAGAAUGAAAAAGAUUGCCACCAAGGUUGGCGCUUACUUGAUGAGUGACAUGGCCCACACUUCCGGAUUGGUUUCUGCUGGAGUCACCGAUUCCCCAUUCCCACAUUCCGACAUUGUCACUACCACCACACACAAGUCCUUGCGUGGUCCAAGAGGAGCCAUGAUCUUCUUUAGAAAGGGUAUUAGAAAGGUUACUAAAAAGGGUAAGGAAAUCCCAUACGAGCUUGAACAAAAGAUCAACUUCAGUGUGUUCCCAGGUCACCAAGGGGGACCACACAACCACACCAUUUCUGCCUUGGCUGUUGCCCUCAAGCAAUGUCAAGAGCCUGAAUACAAGCAAUACCAACAAGACGUUGUUGACAAUGCCAAGCAUUUUGCCGACACUUUGCUUGAACGUGGAUUCAAGUUGGUUUCCGGUGGUACCGACACCCACUUGAUUCUUAUUGACUUGAGAUCCAAGAACAUUGAUGGUGCCAGAGUCGAGGCUGUAUUGGAAAGAGCCAAUAUUGCUGCCAACAAGAACACUGUGCCAGGUGACGUCAGUGCCCUUUUCCCAAGUGGGUUACGUGUCGGUACCCCAGCCAUGACCACUCGUGGAUUCGGUAAGGAGGACUUUACUAAAGUUUCCGAGUACAUUGACCGUGCUGUUGAGAUCUCGAAGGAGUUGAAGCAACAAGAACAAGGUAAAGUUCCAAAGGAAUUAUUGGCCAGUUUCAAGAAAUUGGCUGACGAAAGUAGUGCUGUUAAGGAAUUAGGUGAAGAAGUUGCCAAAUGGGCUUCCACCUUCCCUGUUCCUGGUGAUUUGUAG